UAGGUUUCACUAAGAGGUGUCACUCCGUCAUAUUUCUAUGCGUUUAGACCGAAUUGAUCUGCGUGUCUUGAAUAAAGGAGGGUGAGCAUGCUAGUUGUGAGGUUUUUUUAGAUUCAGUUGAAGCUGUGCAUGCUCCAUUAAUUCACAUAUGUAUUAGCGUGAAUGCGAAGCCGCGUGAAACGUGGUCCCCGUGACCGUCGUUGUUCAUGGUGUCAGGUGUAUCACUUUGUAUGACUACUUUAAAAUAGACGAUCUUUGAUACCGACGUCCACUUCACUGUGCCGCCUGUGGGUCAGUCCGAACCGGCAUAUACUGAAGGUGUUCUCUCCGAGCCAACACACACUGUGUGUACGUUACUGUAUGUGUUCUGACAGAGACGCAGAGACGACACGAUCUGAAGAAUUCAUCGACAGCUGCUCACGCGGACAUGGCGAGAGUUAAUAACGUGGAAGAAAUAAGUUACGUUAGCUUCUUAGCACAAAGCUAACUCAGAUAGCUUAGCUAGCUAACAAUGUGUGACAGGUGAGGUAGGUGUAGACUUCACGAGACAAUUAUUGACAGGUCACACUGUUCACCUGCACCAAUGACUGGAUAAAGUACGCACGAGCCGCAGAAGACCGGAUGUGCAUUCCUUCAAAAUAAAAGCACAUCCACUCUCUGUCAGUCCAGUCAGUAUGUCUGUCAAAGUGGUGGUGAGCUGCUCUGUGCUGUACGCUGUGCUGGAUGUGGCUGUGGUCACUGUCCUGUACACACAUGGAUCACAGCUGAGUGUGUUCAAAGAGGACGUCCUGAACUUUGACAUCCGCCAGUCAGUGCUUGACCUCUGGGGAGCCAUGCUGCUCCGAGCCCCCCUCCUGCUGGGAGCCUGCAUAGGGGUGUCAUGGAACAGAGAGGACGGGCCAUCGAGGGUUGCUAAGCUCACCACCCUCAUUGUCUUCAUCUGUCUGAUCAUCAUCAACUACACUCUGGCCAAGAUGCUGAUGCUGACUGAGCUGCAGCCUUUGACCCACCAGCCCUGGCUCCUAAGCAUGAUCUGUUGGACAUGUGCCUCCUCUGUGGGUGUCAUGCUGCUCUGGAGCCUGCUGGGGUCCAACUCACUGAGCAGCAGUGGAGGUGGAGGGAGGUCUGAGGACACUGAAAAUCUGGUGGAGGCAGCUGGUGAGGUGGAGCAGGAGGUGCCAUGUGACAGGAAGAAGGAGGGAAACCAGGAGAAGGAAAAGACGAGCUCUGGGGCAACACUGGGGCGUCUCCUGUCCUACUGCAGAAAGGAUAGUGGACUGCUGUCUGUAGCCGUCCUCUUCCUCCUCAUCUCUGCUGUGUGUGAGGUUUUCAUACCGUACUACUAUGGGGAAGCAAUAGACAGCAUUGUGGUUCACCAGAGUAUGGAGUAUCUGGCUAAGCCUGUGAUCACACUGUUGGCUCUGUCCUUGGCCAGCUCUCUUGCAAUGGGAGUACGUGGAGGAGUCUUCACCCUAACCUUUGCCAGAUUGAACCUUCGGCUCAGAAACCAUCUCUUCAGAACGCUGAUGAGGCAGGAAAUUGCUUUUUUUGAUGAAAACCAUACAGGUGACAUCAUCUCACGUCUGUCAUCUGAUACUACCCAGGUGAGUGACCUCAUCUCGCAGAAUGUCAACAUCUUCCUGCGGAGCUCCAUCAAGGGUGCCGGUGACUUCAUCUUUAUGUGUGGGAUGUCCUGGAAGCUGUCACUGGUGACCAUCAUGGGAUUCCCUUUAAUCGCUCUUGUUUCUAAACUUUAUGGCGAAUUCUACAAGAAAUUAACCAAAGAGGUGCAGACGACCCUCGCAGAAGCCAAUAAAGUUGCAGAAGAAACCAUUUCAGCCAUGAAGACGGUGCGGAGCUUUGCCAACGAAUGUGGAGAGGCCGACUCGUACUACGCCAAGCUGUUGGCCAUGUACCAGCUCAACAAAAAACAAGCACUGGCCUAUGCUUGCUACAUGUGGUCCAGUUCUAUCUCAGAGCUUGCUUUAGAGGUUGCUAUCCUCUACUAUGGCGGCCACCUUGUAAUAAGCGGUCAGAUGACUAGUGGUGCCUUGAUAUCAUUUUUUAUAUACGUGCUUGAACUGGGAGAAUGUCUUGAGAAUAUAGCAUCAGUGUACACGGGCCUCAUGCAGGGAGUUGGAGCUGCUGAAAAGGUUUUCGAGUACCUGGACAGGGAACCAAAACACCCGUCUGUUGGUACAGAGGCUCCUGAAACAUGCACCGGCUUGGUUGAAUUUAAAGACAUCACAUUUGCCUACACAACACGACCUGAGACUGAUAUUCUCAAGGGAGUGUCAUUCACUCUGCGGCCUGGGGAGGUCACUGCUCUUGUGGGACCUUCGGGCAGUGGCAAGAGCUCCUGUGUGAAUCUGCUGGAAAACUUCUAUCUUCCACAGCAAGGCCAGGUGCUGCUGGAUGGAAAGCCAGUGCACACCUACCAGCACGACUACCUCCACUCCAAGGUUGCUCUCGUGGGCCAGGAGCCAGUGCUGUUUGCCCGGACAGUGGAGGAGAACAUCACCUAUGGCCUCACGGAUACCCCCAUAGAGUCCGUGGUGCAGGCUGCCACUAAGGCUAAUGCUCACGACUUUAUCACCGCCCUUCCUAAAGGCUAUGAUACAAGUGUUGGAGAGAAAGGCACCCAGCUGUCAGGGGGGCAGAAACAAAGAGUGGCCAUUGCAAGAGCUCUCAUCCGUAACCCUCGCGUUCUUAUCCUGGAUGAGGCGACCAGCGCUCUGGAUACAGAGAGUGAACACAUUGUUCAGCAGGCUCUGAGCAACAUCAUGCAGGAGCACACGGUGUUGGUGAUCGCUCAUCGACUCAGCACGGUGGAGAAGGCAGAUAACAUCAUCGUGAUCGACAAGGGUCACGUGGCUGAGCAAGGCUCUCACAGUCAGCUGAUGGCCAGCGGGGGACUGUACUGCAAGCUGGUGCAGAGGCAGGUCCUAGGCAUCGGGACAGAAGCGGAGGUCCUCAACCCGUCUGAAAAACUCGGCUGGAAGCCUGAUGGAGGAAGGCAGCGGAGACGACAAAUCAGCAGCAGUGACAGCGAGUCUGAGUGCAACCUGAACUACUGACAACGUGUGUGUGGAAAUGGGACUGCUGGUUGUUUCUGGGGGUUGAUAGUAUCUUUUAUAAAUACAUAUUUUAUUAGAUUCAGUUAACGUGUACUGUAAAGAUAUUAUGUGCAGUACAGGCUGAAAUCUACUUAUAGAUGAAUGCAGCGGCAUUACAGUAAAAAUCUAGAGCUGAAUGUAUUAAACAUAUCAGGCGAUGUGGUGUUUCUUUUUAAUGACUACAAAGAAUGUACUGUAAAAACUGUAGAACUAUGAUUAUCUGUCAUGAUGAUAAAUCAGUGAAUGACUCUAUGACGAUGAUGUAACAGUAUAAAUUACUGUCAUGAGCACUGUCAAAUAUUCUGCUUGCUCACUUUUAUGGAAACAAAUACCAAAUGCUGCA